GGCCCAUUCCUCCAUCCUCGGCCGCUUGUCCAUUCUCUCUUUUCUUCUCCGAUGGCGGUGGCGAUCGCCGCCACGGCGCGCCGCCUCCUCGCUCCCGCCCGGCGACGGGCUCUGUGGUCGGCCUCGUGGAGCGCCGACCCGGAGGCCUCCGCCGAACCGUCCCCGUCGACGUCUCUGGACAAGAAGAAGAAGCCGCCGCCGUCGUCAUCCCAGGACCGCCUCGGGGACGUGAGGGACGCCGUCAACGAACGGAAGCUCCCUCCCGAACUCCGCGGGCGACCCAACGCAGUCAGAUCUGAGACUGACAUUGUAAAUGUCGUGGAACAAAGAAUAUGGCACUCAAUGGAGGAAGGGCAUUUCGAAAACCUACCUGGGAAGGGAAAACCCCUGAACCUCAAUACGAACCCUCACGCAGAUCCGGCAGAAGACACCCUAUACAGGAUACUUUCGCAGAACGGUUGUGCUCCUGAAUGGGUUGAGCUGAACAAGGAAAUCCGUGGAAUGAUUGCAAAUUGGAGGUCAGCUUUCACGAAGGCUUGUGCAAACCGCUCCGAAAACUAUGGUUCUACCUGGUCUGAUGAUUCCCGGAUUCUCCAGGAGCGAAUUCGACAAAUAAGUGACAAGGUUUUCCGUUACAAUCUUAUCGUGCCCUUUGGCCGCCAAAUGUCCGGUCUAAACUGGGACAGGGAAUUGGGCAAACUGAAUUUGAAGUAAGAAAAGAGCGUUAUGCUGCCUAUACCAGAAACUUUUCGGAGGCUUUGUCCUGUAUGUUGUUGUAUUCACACUGCUACCCUAGUCCACAUGUGUACCUUAGAUCAAGAUAGUACAGCUAUAUACCCUUAGAUUUGAUCCAAUAUAUUCUUGGAUGUAGUUUCCAGGUGUUGGGGUGCCUCUAGCUCAUAAAGUAACUUGCAGAACCAAAGCUUGCUUUCUGCAGUAGAGACUAUACUGACAAUAAUGCAAUUAGUAUAGUAAUUUUGAGUGAGUUUGUUUU